AUGACCAUCCGCAUCAUCGCUCCCGGCCGCCAAGUCACUGCCGCCAGCGCCAACGGCAACGGUGUCAACAUCUCGAUUGACGGACACCACUUUGUCGUCGAAGCCAACCCGGGCGACAACAUCCAACUCGAGCUCGACAACGGCAGUGUUGACGUCCCACCACCCAACGAUGAUGACCGCCGCCGUGGUUGGCGCCGCCUCAACGCCAACAACGCACUGGCCUACGCCGUCGAGGAGGACAAGAUCGUGGUCCUCCCAGCCUGCAACAUGAACAACUGGAUGAGCGGCCUCCCGGACGACCGCGCGCUUGCGGAUCUCACCAUUCCCGGAACCCACGAGUCAGCGGCGCUUUUCGGCGGCUUUAUCUCUCAGUGCCAGAAUCACGAUGUCGGCCAGCAGCUCCAGCAUGGCAUCCGCUUCUUCGACAUCCGUCUCAAGGCUGUUGGUAACGAGCUGCAGACCUUCCACGGCGUCCAGGCGCAAAACUCGACGCUCCGCCAGCAGGUCGAGUGGAUCGAGGAAUUCUUGCGCCAGAAUCCCCGCGAGACUGUCAUCCUGUCGAUCAAGCAGGAGCAGGAGGACGCUGAGCAGUUCCCGCAGCUCGUACAGGAUGCACUGUCGUCAGGAAUGUGGCGGUUCGAUGAGAACUUCCCAACGCUGGGCGAAGUGCGCGGCAAGGGCAUCUUCUUCAGUCGCUUCGGCAAGAAGAGCGACGACCAGUUCCCGAACGGCCAGGGCCUCAAGCCCAUGCGGUGGCCAGACAACCAGGCAGACGGCUUUGACCAGGACUGGCACGGCACCCAGUUCCGCAUCCACGACUGGUACGACACCGACAACAUUGCCGACAAGACAAGCGGUGUCACCAACUACGUCGACUCGACAUGUGAUGGGCGCGGUGCGGGUGUCGGCCCCAACCAUCCCAUGACGAUCGCCUUUGCGUCCGCUGGCAAGUUUCCCGGAGCGCCGCCGCACUGGAUGGCGUCGGGCGGCUCGGCCGGCGGCAUGUCGCAGGUUCUGUCAGUCGGCGCGAGCCUGUUCGGCAAAAUCGGCGGUGGCGGUGGCGGUGGCGGUGGAGGGGGUAGCGAUACCGGCCCAGAGGGCGGUGUCAACGCCCGCCUCGUCCGGUGGCUCCUCAACAAGGCGAUGGAGUGUCGCCGACCGCGUGCAAUUAUUAAUCUCGACUUUUACGACGAGACGAACGGGAUGCAGGAGCUCAUCGCUGCGCUCAACGCGCUCCCGGAGUAA